CCGCUCUACUACUCAUCAAAACUACUCAUCUUCUUGAUAAUUUUUCACUGGUAGUUUAUUUGAGAUUAGAAUUUUUUGACGUUUAAUGAAAGGUUAUCGUGACUGGAAACUUUUCAAAUCUUCAAUUUCUUUCAGAAAAGUUACAUAUACCAAUUCAAAAUGAGUUUCUCAAUGCCCCCUGUGAAAUGUAAGCCUGAGACACCUCUUACAACUUGCAAAAAACAUAGGGAAUAUGAAGUUGCAGAUGUAAUGUUGAAUGGAUUGGCAAACACACAGGCUUGUGCAGAUGUUCCACAUCCCUUGAUGCUUUCUGAACAAAACUAUUCAAAACAUCGUCACAACCUAGAUAUGACUAUUCUCCGUAACACUCAAGGAUUACAUGCUCCUUUGAGAAUUGGAAUGGAACUCAAAGCAGCCAAAAAGAUUGGCCAUCUUCCAUUUUUGCCAUCCUCUAAUUUAAUGCUGAAUACUCUGAAGGGAAGAGAUGUUGAUAUUGGACCUGAAGACAUUUUCAACCAACCAGAGUUCAAUGAAGUUAUGGGGCAACCACAUGCUAUGGUGGAAAGAUCACUUGGAUUACUUUAAGAUAGAUUUAAGCAUAUUCAUUAUAUUUUCUGAUUCAAUAAAAUCAUUAAAAUAUAAAACUAA